AUGGUAGCUAGUAUAAGAUCUGGUGCGUUAACGCUUUUGCACACGGCGUGCGGUGCUGGCAUCCUGGCCAUGCCGUACGCAUUCAAGCCAUUUGGGUUGAUGCCCGGGGUGAUUAUGAUAGCGGUUUGUGGGGUGUGUGCUAUGCAAAGCCUAUUCAUACAGGCCCGUGUGGCAAAAUACGUGCCACAGGGGAGGGCUUCCUUCAGUGCCUUGACCCGACUGAUCAACCCGAACUUAAGUAUCGUGUUUGAUCUGGCGAUCGCAAUCAAGUGUUUCGGUGUUGGAGUGUCUUAUAUGAUUGUAGUUGGGGACUUAAUGCCGCAGAUCAUGUCCGUGUGGACCAGAAAUGCGUGGCUAUUGAGCAGGAACGUGCAGAUUUCAUUGAUCAUGGUUUUUUUAGUGGCUCCCCUGUCUUUUCUGAAGAAAUUGAAUUCGCUGAGAUACGCUUCCAUGAUAGCUAUUUCUUCUGUAGCAUACUUGUGUGUUUUAGUGUUGGUGCACUAUAUUGCCCCCUCGGAGGAAAUCCUGCAUAUGAAAGGCCGGAUCUCCUACUUCUUUCCAAAGCAAUCUCACGAUUUAAACAUUCUGAACACUUUUCCGAUUUUCGUAUUCGCUUAUACGUGCCACCACAAUAUGUUCUCGAUAAUCAACGAGCAGAGGUCGAGCCGGUUUGAGCAUGUGAUGAAAAUCCCGCUGAUAGCUAUAUCCUUGGCUCUCAUCUUGUAUGUCGCCAUCGGUUGUGCGGGAUAUCUGACAUUCGGCGAUAACAUCAUCGGAAACAUUAUCAUGCUAUACCCUCAGACUACGUCAAGUACCGUUGGUAGAGUUGCGAUCGUGCUAUUGGUGAUGCUGGCCUUCCCUCUACAAUGUCAUCCGGCAAGGGCCUCCAUCCACCAGAUUUUACAGCACUUUACGGAGGAAAAUGCGACUAUAAGCACUACAUCAACAAGUAGCCCCGCUCCUACCAACGAAAGCUCCCCAUUGAUCCGUGACAAUAGCCUCGAUAUCAACGAAGUCAUUGAAGAAGAAUCGAUUUAUCAACCCAAGGAGACUCCCUUGAAAGGCAAGAGCUUUAUUGUCAUAACGUGUGCCAUCUUAAUUGCAUCCUAUUUCGUUGCAAUCUCAGUAUCCUCUUUGGCCCGCGUGCUAGCCAUUGUAGGUGCUACAGGUUCUACUUCUAUUUCUUUUAUCUUGCCCGGGCUCUUCGGCUACAAACUAAUAGGAACUGAACACAAGGAAGGCAUUCCACUCGGCACGAGGCUUUUCAAGUAUAGUGGCCUUGCCUUAUUUAUCUCAGGGCUAGUAAUUAUGAUCACCUGCUUGACCGCAGCUCUGAAACUUCGCUAA